CAAAAAGAGAUCAAGAUGCCAGAGGGUGUACACUGUGACACAAAGAGUGACUCUCCAGCAUCCUACCAACAGGGUCACCUGCAGAGUCCACCAGCCAGAGAUCAACCAGACCAGGGACACUCAGAUCCUCAUACCAGAUGACUACGUACGUUCCUGCUCCCUAAUGACUGCCAUCGCUGUUGGAGAGGCCAUUUUACUUCUGUCUGCAACAUUAUGUGGAUUAGCUGUGAUGUUAUGGAAGAGAUGUGGCAGAUCUGCAGAAAGAAAAGAACAGUCUGUGACAAGGCAGUCGUCAGAUCAAAUUACAGUCAGUGGUACCUCUGGAAAUCAACUGCUUCUGCAGAGAGCCAGGGUUUGCAGUGCUGACACUGUGGAAAACAGCAGCUUUGAGGCAUUGACCAGAAUCGUGGCUGACCUCAAGUCAAAGCUUUCUGAGAAAGAGGAGACCAACCGCCCACAGCAACGUGACUUGAAAUCAAAUGUUGUUUGCAGUCCUGCAGCUUCAAGUGACAGCAACCCUCCAGUAGCUCACAGCUUCCCCCAGAAUCAGGUUCCGACUCCUAGCAUCUCACAACAACACGGCAAUCCAGCAUCUGACUGCCCAGUCUCAAGAAAACGUCAUAACAACAGCAGCCCUGCUGUUUUGGACUUUAAGGUUCCAGUGUUGUCUGGUUCUUUUUCAGCCAACAUUUUACAGAAAAAGAUCAGUCGUUCCAUAAGUGAGCCCACUGCUCAGCUUCGUCCAAGUGUUCCCAAGCUUCAGCGCAGACAUUCCUCAGCGCUUACAACCCUGUCUAAUAACCGCUUUACACUCUUGGCAGACUUACCAGAGGAAUCCGAGCUGUUAGUACCAUGAGGAAGAGCACAGAGCUAAACACAAAGCAGUAAAAGUGCAUCAUGGCCUUAAAAUCAUCAGUUCUGUUAUAGAACGUGUUCCAUCUUACAAAUACUUAUUGUCAAUACCAUUGUCUCUUGUACAAUCUAGUGGGGUGGAACUCUUUUCUUAAAGGCUAAGGCUACGUAAUGCAUGCAAAAUACGUAUAAUAAAUAAGUUAUCUGACUCGUUCCAAAGAUUGGUUGGUCUUACGGAUUCUUCGACUCAGUUACAGAGAACAGCCUUUGAACACAAUAAAUUUCAGAAAAUGUUUCUACUGGACAAUUUAAAUGCUGAAUGAACACAUUACUGUUGAAUGUAAUUUUUAUUUCUAAAUUAUGUUUUUUAUAUGCUAAACACAGGGCUCAUCUGUAAAACAAACCCUGGUCUCAGUCUGAUUUUCUUUGUAAAAAUGAAGGUAAAAAGCUGCAUUUUCUGCUUUCCACAGAUGUUAAACAUCUGAAUUUAUUUUAAAAAAUGUACUGCAUGUUGUAAGGUAUUACAAUAAGAUUUGAUGUCUGGAGUUGUAUGUGGAGGGGCAUUAUUUACAAUGCUUUGUACUUGUGAUGAAGAAUUGAUUCUUAAUUAAAAUUCUUAAUUGUUGUAUAAGAUA